CAAUAAUCACAUCAUCUAAAAACGCUUAAAACAUGCAAAACCGGCCGCUCUCACGUAGAAUUCGAUCUAAAAAUAUAAAUCGAGUUUUGGAAAAUUAUAAGAAUUUAUUUGGAUAAAAAACACAUGUGAUCGAUCUCUCCUUUCGUGACAAGACGAUGGAUGAUCAUGGUUCAAAAAGAAAGAAGAAGAAGAAGAGAGGAAAAAGCUUGAUCUUCAAGAACUUCUUCAAACCAGCGACCUCCGGCGACGAUCCUUCUUCUGGCAGCGGACGAAAGGCUUUGGCUUCUGAUGAUAAUUUAGUAUAUUGUGAUGUCUCCGGCAAUUGCGUUGAUCCAGACAUCAAGAAAUCAUCUUCUUCCCGCAUGUCUCGUAUUUUUAAAGCCGUUUUGUUUGAUACAGCUGUGAAGAAAAAGAUUCAUGGGAAUGAUUCAUCAGAAACUCCAAACGAAUCACAAAGUUCAUCACCUGUACGAGAUGACAAAAUCAAGGAUAUCGGCCAGAAUAUCCAAAAAAUCGACGACGACUCAAUCAAUGUGAAUAAAUCCGACGUCAUGAAAAUCGAUAAAAUUGAGAAGAACAAUGGUAACUCAAUCAAUGAGAUUGAGAAGAAUUCCAAUUCAAAUGUAGAUCGUUCCAUUCAACCACCUUUGCCAUCAAAACCUGAUGAAACUCCGGUGACUUCAUCGACGAUCACCACCGGUUCACAAACGUUGACUGAGAGAAAAGUAAACGCAGUCGAUAAGAAACCACCGCUUCCGUCAAAUCCACGACCACCGGUGAAACCAAUUAUGGCGGAAGAAAGCAAACAGGUUGCUUCAAACAAUCCACCAUUGUUUAUCCUCGUGGGCUUUCUGGUAGUGGUUGUGGUUCUAUGGAAGAUUUAUUCAGCCAUUACCGGUGGGUCUUCGGAUGUUGCUAUCGUCGGAGACGAGUUGUAAUCAUUAUGAGUUGUUAACGCAAUAUAUAGCAUAAUCAAAAGUCCAACGAUCAUAACAAAUUCAUAUUAGGUUAUAGGGUAUAGAUGAUUAGUAUUUAUUUUAGAACUAGAAUUGAAGGGAAGGGUGGAAGGUGUUCAUUUUGUGUGUAUGCCCAUCUGUUUUAUACAUUGUUGCUAUCUGAAG